CGCGGUAAAGAGAAUCCCAUCAGUAGCACAAUCAUCACGGAUGCCAUACAGGAACGUUGUGAGCUGACCUUCAAUGCAAUACUUACAUUUUGCGUGAAUUUCCUUGAAAUCGAACCGAAUGCGAGUCUCGAGUGCUUGGACGGCGACUCAGACGAUGGACAAGACGAGUGCUUUUGCACCGUACUCUACAAUGACGAGUCACACACAUUCGAUCAGGUCAUACAGACGUUGACGAAAAUUGCCAAAUGCCGUCAGAAGGACGCUAUGGAAAUUGUGGCGAGUAUCGAUCGUGAAGGACGCGCCGUUGUUAAAUGUGAUAGCUUUAGUGAGUGUCAACAAUUGCAGGAAGCAAUCGAAAAACAGGCCGUCACCGUAGUACCAGGUAUACCACACUCACGCGCUAAUCAAUCGCUACGCGUUUCCGUGCUAAAUAUACGCGCCGUAGCUUGUCAGCAAUUUGCAUUGCAAUUGCUCACAUGGUUUCAGGAGUUUCUUAUCAAACACAGCAUUUUCCGUAAGAUAUUCGCACGUCUAAUAAUGGAUCGUAAAUCACCCUAUUGCAUACGACACAUACUCGAGUAUGAUGUGAAGCUGUGGAAGACGGCGCGUGCCUGCUGGCAUCGCCUGCUCAUCUCCGGCUUGCUGAUGGAGUACGACAAUAAAAUGGCAUUGGCGCAGGAAUUCUCCAAACAUUAUGCUUCGAUUGUGCAGGAUUUCAUACGUGACGAUCACGAGCAUUCAUGCUCGAUUGUUUCGCUGAGUGUGCAAUUAUUCACCGUGCCGAGUAUAGCGCAUUAUCUAAUGGCUAACGAGGGUAUUUUUCACAAAUUGCUACACACAUUCUAUCAUGCAUCGAUAGAGACGUUCAUCAAGAAUAAAACACUACAAUUCUCAAAGAAUAUAAAUGCACCGUUUAAACGUGCCGCUUACAUACUCUACGAUUUGCGUUAUAUACUCAGCUUCAAGCCCGAUGUAUGGACGGAUGGAUUGCGUGAGGGUUUUCUGGAAGGUUGCAAAGCGUUGUUGAAGUUGUUGAACGUGAUGCAGGGCAUGGAAUCGACGACACGUCAAACCGGCCAGCAUAUGGACUACGAACCCGAAUGGGAAUGCGCCUUCAAUUUGCAUAUUAAAUUAGCGACCGCUAUCACUUUAGUAUUAGAAUGGUGUUCUACUGAUUUGGCUGUGCUGACUAAACUUUAUCAAAUGGUAAUGCGUUAUCUCGUUUCGAAUACUUUUAUUGUGGAUACCACGAUUAAGCGGGAAGAACGCAAUGUUGCCGGUCAUGUGGCCGAAUGUAUAAUUUAUGAUGUGGCUUCACGCCCCGUUUCCAUACAUUUACCAUUGUCACGCUUCUUUGCUGGCAUAUACUUGCACUUGGGCGCAUACGGUUUGACCUUCGACAAUGCCGUUGCUGGAAACAAACGUACACCCGAGGAGAUUAUGGAGCCAAUAUUAUGCACACAAACGAUGAUUGCUCAGGUGCACGCUGGCAUGUGGCGUCGUAACGGCUACUCGCUACUACAUCAGCUGUACUUCUAUCGUAUUGUACGGUGUCGCACGGAAAUGUUGGAUCGCGACAUUAUUGGCCUACAGAUUGGUGCCGCUCUAAUUGAGAGCAACCAAUAUCUGAUACAUAUACUAAAUAAAUUCAAUUUAAUUAAGUGGAUACAACCGGAUUAUGAGCAGAAUUCAACGGCAGAAGCGGUGGAUGAUGACUUCCUCUUGCCGAUGAUUGAAGAAUUUUUAGAAUUACUAAUCGUAAUCAUUGGUGAACGUUAUGUACCCGGUAUAUCGAAUGUGGCGGAAGAGGAUCGUACAAAAAAGGAAAUAAUACAACUGCUUUGUAUUAGACCAUAUUCGCAUUCGGAGUUGAAUCGCGCUCUUCCAGAUGCGCUCAAUGAAACGGCCGUGGAAGAUGUUAUCGAUACUGUGGCAAUUUUCAAAAAACCACAACGCUCAGAUGCUAGAGGCGUUUACCAGCUCAAAGAAGAGCUGUAUGAAAAUUAUAAUAUGUAUUUCUAUCAUUAUACCAAGGAGGAGAAGUCUAAAUCGGAGGAGACUCAACGUCUGCGUCGUAAGAAUAAAAACGAACUCGUUUGUUGCCCACCACCUAAGCUGCCCAAGUUGACCGAUGGAUUUGUUUCUAUUGCUAAUUUGUUGCAAUGUGAUGUGAUGAUGACGAUAUUAACAACUGUGCUGGAUCGUGCCAUCGAUCUAACCUCAAAUAGCUUUGCGGAAAAUCAUUUACAAGAAGUACUCUUUCUAAUUGGUUAUGGCCUGCAAGAGGAACAAUCGGGCUAUUAUCCAUUUCUUUCAUUCUAUGAACAGUCACAAAAAUACAAUAUGCUAAGUAAAUUAGAAGAACUUUCGCGUAGUUCUCGUGUUGAGGCUCAUCGCGAUUUCAUACUCUGGACAAUACAAAAAUUCAAGGAGCUACAGGCCAAAGGCAAAGCUAACGAAGCCGAUCUCAGCGCAAUGUUGGCAGACGGUGGUGAAGAAGUCGAAAUAUCACGACCACUCACUGCUGCCGAGAAGGAGAAGCAAGAGAAGGAGGAACGUGCACGCCUGGCUGCUGAACGCCGCGCUAAAAUAAUGGCACAAAUGCAAAACGCCCAAAAUAAUUUCAUGAAAUCGAAUGCGGAAAUGUUUGCAAGUGCUAAUGUACAAGCGUCCGGUAGUCAUGAUGCAACCACAGCAAUGGAAUGGCAAGAAGAUGUUUCCAAUAUGGACGAAGAAGGUGCUGUAGCAUACAAUUCACAGGCUUGUUUGGGCGUGGAGCGACGUUUGCAGCAACCAGAAGAGCAGAGUUUCAAGUGUAUACUCUGUUUUGAGGAUUGUACCGUAAGUAAGGAUGGACCGACACUCGUGUAUUCGGCAUUCGUACAGAAAUCGAAAGUAUUGCCACCCGAUGCAAAAUAUGCAUGUUCAGUACACACGAGCAGCUGUGGUCAUGUGAUGCAUAUUAAUUGUUGGCAAGAAUAUUAUACCAACGAAGAGACAAAAGAACAACGAAGGCCACAUCGCAAUCGUCAACCAUUUCCACAAGCAUCACAGAACACUGAAUUUCAGUGUCCAUAUUGUCGUUGCCUGAGUAACUCAGUGUUGCCACUGAGUGCACCGCUAUCGAAGUACUCAAUGCCAUUGGUUAUACAUAAGGGCGAGGAUUUAUUCCCCAUAGACAUGUGGAUUGAAGUUAUGAAAACAUUGGGCGAUGAAUUGAUUUUACCCCCCAUCGAGGGAAAUUUCGAUCGUGUCUUGCCACUGGCUGACACAAUAUUGUCGCGUGCUAAUCUGUAUGCCAAUAUCGCACAGUUCGAGCGUAUCGCACAACCCAUUGACAAGUUGGAACUGCCGGCUAGCUGGAUAACUUUUGCCCAACGCUAUAUCAAAUCGAUUCGGCAACAUGCGCCCGCUGAUUUUGAUGAUUCUGAGAAGGAUGGCUUCUUGUGGCUGAUACAUACUUGCAUCUAUACAGUUCGUGCGCUGGAAGUCCACCAUCGUGCAGUGGCCAAACCGUUUAAGAGUGAAAUGUCCAUACGACAAAAGAGUUGCAUUAGCGGUUUGGUGCGUGCGUCCUGCUUGUAUGGCACGAACUUAACACACACUGAUGUAACAAAUCUGAAACCCGCUGUGGCCGAAUUAUUGGACACAGUUUUCAAACAAAAGGGCAGCUGUAUAUUAGAAUGGAGACCUUUCAGCAUGAUGGUACAAAUGACAUGUCUGGUGCCGAAUAUACUUUUCUCCUCUUCGCACAAAUCUGUUGUGGUCAAUGGCAGCAUGCUGGACUUUUAUGCCAUGCAGUUAUUCUUCCUCGCUAAUAUGGUGAAGGCAAUUGUGCUCUUCCAACCACCAGACAUGGAUGUCGACGAAGACUAUGACCAGGAAAUCAAACAAUUACCACAAAACAUACGCGACAACAUAGCUGAAUUCUAUCGUAAAUAUAAUUUUGUUGCCCGCCAACAAGCGCACGCAUAUAUGCAACAACAACAAGAAACACAGGCUCAGUCACAAACACAAGCGCCAGCCAAAUCCGAGGAGGCAUUAUUACAGGAAACAAAGUCAACAGAAAUCGAUGCCGAUCUCGAAGUUUCGAUGAGCGAAUAUAACGCUAAUAAUGAAUUUAAGGUACUGUGCGAUUUGGGCACCAUCGCCGCACUGUACGCUCACAUCAAAAACCAAAUGAGAGAAUAUUUACGUUGUUGUUGUUUGUUCUUCCACUUCGUCACCGAAGUGGAAUUCCCCGAUGAAUUUCUUCCCGAACACAGCGACACAUAUGAGAAUAUGUGUAAAUAUUUAGGCUUGGAAACUGGACUGGCUGCGUAUUUUGACAGUGCCGGCUGCUAUGCAUCCAUUUUAGAGACAUUUGCCACCCAUCCCGAUUUGGUGUACUGCGAUGUGACAACGUUGAAGAAACGCUGCGGCCGUAAUUUCGAUUUAGUGCCCUGCACUCAACGUGUGCCAAGAUUAGUUGAUUUGCCCGAAGAUUAUAGCGAUCUUAUAAACAGUGUCUCGGACUUUAUUUGUCCGAAUAAUAAGCGUGAAGAGAUGAAAACGCCAACGAUGUGCAUGAUAUGCGGCAAAAUUAUUUGUGCACAGUCAUUCUGCUGUCAACCGGAGUUGGAGGGUCGUAAUGUGGGCGCUUGCACUUAUCAUGCCAAUUCUUGCGCUGCAGAGAUUUGCGUUUUUCUACGUAUACGCGAUUGUCAAAUUGUGUAUUUGGGUCGUAAUAAGGGUUGCUUUGUGAAUCCUCCAUACUUGGAUCAAUACGGCGAGACUGAUCAGGGCUUGAGACGUGGCAAUCCGUUGCGUUUAUGUCCGUUGCGCUACAACAAAAUCCAACUAAAUUGGCUGAGUCAUACUCUACAUGAGGAAAUUGCCCGACUCAAUGAUAAUACGUCCGUUGUGGCAACACAGUGGCAUCACAUGUAGUCUUUUUGGUCGAGGCCAACACAAAAGUUGUACGAGCAAUGAUGCGCUGGACACUUGAGCGCAACCGGAACGUCGUGAACACGUUGGCAACUUCUUCAACAUAUGUGAUUUAUGUGUGUGCGCGCUAAAGGAAUCAACCUUAUCGGGAAUAUUUUAGCGUGACUUCUUUUGUCUAGUACUAAUUUAGAAAUAGAGGGAAGAAAACAUUGGAAUUUCAUUCCCGCUACGGUUGUAUAGGUUUGCCUUUUUGGUUUUGUAAAGAACUAUUUUUUUUUUUAAUUUUAUUUAAUUUAUUAUAAACUAACUAUAAUAAAGGCAGUUGAAGUGUCUGUUAGCCAAAAAUAUAUGAAAAUACCCCGUGGGGCAGUUUAGUUGGUAGUGAAUAAGAUAAAAUCGCAACGCUUUUCAAGAUACACACACAACGUAUACAUACAUACA